CUAGUGACUGAAGAUGGAACAGUGUGGACAUUUUUAAAAAGCUGGACUGAAAGAAAUUAUUAGCUAUAUAUCAACAUUCAGCAUUGAUCUAGCAUUAGCUUAAACAUCAGUUGGAUUUCCAGCCCUGAGCCAUUUCGGAAGGACGGUAUAUAAAUCAAAUCAAUCAAUCAAUCAAUCAGGCUGUUGAGAAUGUGGGCCAGCAAACAAGGUUUUUCAAGGAUAUUUGGUGUCCCAGCUUGCCUUUUCUUUCGGAAUAAAAACAUGGUGAUGAAGAUGGCCACUUGUAUUCUUUUGCUUAUUUUGCUACAUGUUUCAGGAAACAUAUAUGGGCCAAGGAUGCAGAUAAGUCAUGUUGGGGAAUCGGUCACAAUCAAAUGCUACUAUUCAACCACCACAGUCAAUAAACAUGACAGAAAAUAUUGGUGCAAGGAAUCGCACAACCUUCGCAACUGCCAGACUAUAAUUUCCACUAAUCACUUCACUCUUCAAGACUAUGAAGGAAGAGUAUCAAUGAAGGACAUUCCUCAAAAAGGGAUUUUGCAGGUGACAAUGACACAGCUGAAGAAGGAGGAUUCCAGAAAUUACCGAUGUGGCAUUGGCAAAACAAAUUAUGGCUUACAUGCUGGAGUGAAUUUAACUGUUUUGGAAGGUCCUAAUCUGCUUAAAUCACCUGAAAUUUUGUGGGGGAAGUUAGGAGGAUCAAUGACAGUACAUUGUCCAUCUGAAAGUGCUGAGCCAAGCAGGAGGAAGUCCCUGUGCAAACUAAGGAGAUUCGACUGUUCUCCCCUACCCUAUUCAAACAGGAUCACGGCUGAACAGCAUGAAAGCUAUUUGUCUGAAAAUAGCUCGGGAAAUUUCAGUGUCAUCAUAAAUGGACUGAGAAAAGAAGACUCGGGAAUGUACAAGUGUGGAACAGGAACACUUGAUUCAAGUUCAAGAAUCAUUCAAUUGCAAGUUGUAGAGGAAUCUGUUUUCUCCAAUUUGUUCAGUGAUACACAAGCCACAUAUCAGCCCGGUGAUGUAGUUGCAAAUUCAGAAGGGCAGGGGCUCUCCAUUACAGUCCCCAUGGCCAUGCCCACCCUAACAGCCAGAGAAGCUGAGAAGAACCGGCGCUUCAUCCCUGCGCAUCCCCACUCCACGACACCCCUGUAUGAGCCACAAACAACCCACCAGUCUAACCACAGACAUGUGACAUCUGAAGUUUACAAAGAAAGCUCUUUAAAAAUGGAACCAAAUCUACUUUCAGUUGUGAUGCCAGUUCUUGUUGUGCUUCUGGUUCUUGCUGCCACUGUAAUUACUGUGAUAAUUAAAAUAAGGCAGCGAAGGAAAUAUGCCACAAGUGACAUUGUUGCAAGUAAUCUAGAUGGAGGAAUACCACUGAAUGUCCAUAAGUGUUCAGAAGAGCGCCCCAAGGAGGAAAACAGAGGCUCAGGAUAUGAACAUACAAGUACUGCAAGCCCUGACAAAGAGAACGAAGUUACAACUGUCUAUUGUUUGCUCAGCCAUGUGCCAAAUCCUGAAGACACAAAAGAAAAUGACUGACUGCCUUCCAAACCAGUUUGGAACACCACAGAAUGUUUUGUUUUUAAUGUUGCUGUUCUAUGAUUAUUUCUCAGAAAUGUGUUUUACUUUUCCUUAUAUUUUUCAAUAUAAAGAUUGUUAGAUAUUGUGGGUUUGGUGGUUAAAAAAUACAUAUAUGCAUAGCAAACUUAAUAGGAUUAUUUUUUCUCAUAUAGUUUGUAACCAUGUGCAAGUCUUUUGCAUGAUUAAUAAUGAUAAAAAUCUAAAUAAUGGAAAGUGAAUUUCAACCACCAGAAAGCAAGCCUGAUGUGGUCUGUAACAUUUUAGUCUGUUUUCAAAUGCAAUAAAGGUCCUGACAAAGUUUAC